AUGGUGUUCGCCCGCCUGCUGCCGGCGGUGGUGUGCGGCCUGGGGCUGGCCGGAUGCACGGCCCAGGCGGCCUUCUACGCGUGCCCCGAGGGCUGCGCAGCCAUGCUGCUGCCCCGAGACAUGGAGAUGAUCGACGACUGCCUGUGCGACGACGGCGUGGACACGACCGAGGAGGAGGCGGCGGCGGACGCCCUGGACAGCGACGAGCCCUUCGCUUGCCGAGGCCGCUACAAGCCCAAGCGCGGUGGGGGUGCAGCACAGUCCGUCGCGGACUGCGACUGCUUCCACCCAUACGAGAAAGACCCGGCCACGCAAGAGUGCGUGCUCACGAGCUGCCCCCGCGCGGGCAACUAUGAGCCCAAGUCUGGAGUCGUUGAGGUGGACUCGCUCGCUGAUUGCACGUGUACGCCGCCCUACGUGAAGGUGGAGGCGUCGGGCGAGUGCGUGGCGGGUGACGCUGUGGCCAACAGGGCCAAUAUUCGAGGCCAGUACGUGUGUCCGCCGAACUCGACGCCGACACCGGGGGUUGUCGCUGAGUCUUUCGACGACUGCCACUGCACCUGGGGCUUUGUGCGCAACAGCUUCGACGAGUGCGAGCGUGAACGCGCGGCGUACGUGUGUCCCGUCAACUCCGUCAAGAGCCCGGAUCUCUUGAUCCAUGAACGCCCGCGCGGCUUCUUCGACUGCGUGUGUCUUUCGGAUGGCAACUAUAAACGCGAUGAGGAGGCCCACGCUUGCUGGCCCGUGACGCAGAUCAAGCAGCGCAAACCCAAGCGAAGGUCGAGUAAUCGUGGCGCUGUGGAGGCGGAAGACGAGUACCGAGAGUACGAUGUCGUCAACUUUGACACGGAAACGUUCGAGUGUCCUCCCUUCUCCCGCGCGGUGGCCACCGUGCCGCACUCGGUAGAGCAGUGCCAGUGUCUUCCUGGCUACGCAUGGAAGCUGCCCGAGAUGAUCUGCGUGCGCGCCUCGGCGUACAAGUGCCCAGAACAUGCCUACAAACGGACACAGACCAAGGGAACCGAGGUGGAGGCAAGCUUUGCAGACUGCGCCUGCGCGCGUGGAUACUUCCUCGAUGCUGUCUCUCAGCGGUGUGUUCCCUGGAUGCUGGCCAACUCGAACACGUGCCCUCCUUUCGCUGUGCUCACGCAGUGGCCUCUGCAGAGCAGCGCGAACUGCAAGUGCAUCUACGGACUCAACGAGACCUACGAAGAAGAGGACGAAGCACGGCGAAAGGCUGAAGCUCAGGAAAUUGCCAAUGGUGGCACAGUGAAGGACACGCCGCCCAUGCGCCGCCGCAAGAAGAAAGAGUGCAACACGAGGCCAGCCGAUAGCACGAGUGCAGACUUCUCGCAGUGCCCCCACGACUCCAUCGCCACGACUUGGCCUAUUGUAACACCGGGUGACUGCGCGUGCCUCGAAGGUUUUGAGAUGACUCCGUUGAGUGAACAGGAGGUCGCCCGUGGCGUUGGAGAUGGAUUCCACUGCGUGGCCUCAACCGAGAAGGCUGUGCUCGCGGAUGAGGCGGCCGCAGCGUGCCACGCGCCCGGAGUUAUCCACCCGCUGAGCGGUGAGUGUCGUCUUCCAGUUGAGGAGAUUCCUGCCAAGAAAACCUCUGGCAAGAAGAAGACUGCAACGGAGACGAAGCCUGAAGGCAUUCUCUUCAAGGGCAUUGAGUACGACUACGAGCUCGUGGACGACACGAUCAUGAUAAUUCAGGGCGACAUCGCUAUCGGUGAACGCCUCGUUUGGGAGGACAAAGACCCUAAUGACGAGGACGACAGCACGACUCGAAUCGAGCACGUCCUGCACGGAUACUACAACGAAGGGCGGGACCAUCGGUGGCCACGCGACGAAUUGUGCUUCCAAGUGGACAAGAGCGCGCGUCCGUUCCUGCGUACGCUGCUGUCUGCAACCGAGCACAUCAACCACGCCACGGGCUUCAAGUUCCGCCGCUGCGCUGGCGACAACUGCCGCACGGACAUGGGCUGCAGAAGCCACGAUUUUGUCGUCAUACAAGGCGUCGACGCGUCCUGCUACUCGUUCGUAGGUCGCAUCGGCGGACCGCAGCGACUUGGCGUCUCCGCAGACUGCGGACUUGGCAACGUCGUUCACGUGCUGCUGCAUGCCGUCGGACUGCGCCACGCUGUGGACCGACCAGACCGUGACGAGCACGUCCGCAUCGCGUGGGAGUGCGUGCCCGAAUCCAAGCGAAGCUACUUCGUAGUGGAAGACAUGGGCUUGACUUCGACCCCCGCGAGAGCAGCCGACCGUGUCCUCGACCCGCCUCCGUACGACCUCUUCAGCAUCAUGCACCACCCGGUCGACGCCUUCGUGCACUCGGCGCCUGACGACGACAAGCCGCAGUGGUGUCCGAGUAUCAUUCCGUUGAUCUCAGACGAUGACAAGCGGCUUGCAGUGAUGAAGGACAUGGGCCAACGCGAGCGGAUGACCACCAGCGACGUGAAAUCGGUCUGGGCGUUGUAUCCGGGCCUGAAGAAGAAGCACCACGACCGCCAGAAGUCCGGCGAGAGUGGAGAAGCUGAAGUUGAAGAGCUGCAUGACAGCUACGUGCACACGGGCGACGACACGGUAGAAACCGCGUCGGUCGGCGGGAGCGGCAGCCACCGCGGCUUCGGGCAGCGCCUGGUGAGCUUCUUGGGAGCUGUCGUGACGCUGGUCGGCUUCGGCGCAUUGCUUGCCUUCAUCACCACGGAGCUCAAGCGGCGCGCGCUGCUGAGCUCCGACUCGGACUACUUCUACGAGGCACCGCUCAUCGACAGCAAGAACGACAUUUGA